GGGCUACUUAAAAAUGUUGCUCUGUGUGUCUGGCUCAUACGGGGGAGCAGAGAGCAUUAGAUUUCAGACAGCUUGGAAAAGCCGACUGUCCCUCUAGAGAGACCCGCUGGAUCCAGAGGUGAUCACAGGAGGCCACUUCCUCAGCUUCUUUGCAAGAAGCACACGAUACGGAAAAUGGCGCGAUCUGGACGACCAUCGCUCUCUGUCAUCCACACAGGUCUCCUGUUAGCAGUUGUUUUAUUACCAGAGCUUCUGGGGGCCGUUCCAGUGGGGCAGAACAAGCAGGAGGAAGCAGUGUCUGAUGAUGUGAAAGCAGAGGCCAUGGCCAACUUGAAAAAGCUGGUUCGCAACAGAAGGAAUGUCCCAGUCAUGGCAGUGCCCCAGUUCAGACGUGUGCCUGACUUCUGGGCAUGGUACAAGCACUUUAUGGACACCCACAACCAGGAGGGGGUGGAGGAUCUGGAUCGUCUGUAUCUGGCCUAUUUGCAAAAUAAGCACAGGUCGGAGGAGGGGCCAACCUUUAACCACUACCUCAAACACCUCAGUGAAAUCUACAAAACCUGUGCUGAUUCUGAUGACCCAGAAUGCAUAGCUGAGCAUACCAGCAAGCCCAAAGCCGCCGUGGUCAUGCCUGCACCUUUGAAGUCUGCUCCUGUCAGGAUGUGCAACCCCUAUAUUGACCCAUACUGCCUCUACCCUAUGUCCUCCAAAGCUGCUGUCCCCGUGCGUGAACCGGCUCCAGCCAAGGUACCAGCCCCCAUCCUUGCCCCGAUGCUGCCCAUGCCUCUGAAGGGCCCUGCUGGUUACUACUAUGGUCCUGUUUUGGAGCCCUUCCUGACCGCUGAGCAGAGGUCCGAACUGCUCAGAAUUUGCCAACCUGACGACGUCGAAUGCCUGCAGUACCACCUAAGAGCAGCGUUCGGGUACCGCCCAGUGCUGGGUCCAUCUCCAUCCUAUGCUGCCUUGAAAUGUGACCCAAAUGACCCGUACUGUAUGCCCCCUCUGGUGCAGAAGGCCCCCACUGGUUUCUACCAUCUGAUGUACCCCAGCUGUGACCCAUCAGUGGAUCCUCUCUGUGUCAGUAACGUUGCAGCUCCUUCUCCCCUUGCUGCUAGGGAGGCACCCAAAGAGCAGCACUGCAACCCUCUCUUUGAUACAGGCUGUAACCCGCUGACUGCCUCAAGGCUCUCUAGCCUCACUAAACCUGUCCUGGAGUACGUCCCCAAGCAUGCACCUCCUUCGGCUACUCAGAACUGUGACCCACGAACCAACCCGUACUGCAUACUGGUAGCUGCUGCUGCCCUGCGCAGGCCUCCGCCACAACUGCCCGAGCACCAGGUCCGCUACCAGCUUGGCAUCCGUGGCAAGACCAAGGAAGGCUAUGACUGCUAUGUGCACUAUGACAAGGAUUGCACUCCAGUCAAGCCUGGCUCUGAGGCUCCAGAGGCACCCUUCUGUCAUCCUUAUGAUCCAAAAUGUGGAAAGUUCACACCGCCUGCCAGCAUAGAGGCUCCAAAACCCGGAAAGGACGGCAUUAUUCUCCCAGAUCCCGACUGUGACCCUGAGUACGACUUCAACUGCCGAUUGCGCCGUGCCGAACCUGCCGCCUCUGCUGAUGAACCCAUCACAGAUAAAGAAGAUGCUGCAGACGAACCUGCCAAGGAAGCUGCUGUCCACCAAUCUGCUGCCCCAUGCUUUGAGGACUUCCUCAGGAGUGUCCUUAGACACCAGUAAGGCUCAUCAUUAGCUUUACAGCUGUUCAACUGGAACUUAAGUUCUAAAAAAAUUCCAUACAGACUUUUAAAGCCAGAAACUUUUUACACCAUCAUCAAGGCCUUACCAAUAUUUUAAAAUGAAAUCUCAAAAUAAUGCAGUUUCCAACAGCAAGGCAGACAGUCUGAAGAUUUUGUACUUUAGAUCAAAGAUGGAGACAAGCAACAUACACUGCUGCAUUAUGAUCAAAUUGUGCAUUAAAUAAUUCAUGUUUGGAUGUUUGUAGAAAAUAAUUUUAUGUAUAGAUGUGUAAAAGGGAAGUAGAGUUAGUCUGAAGCUGUGUUAUCAGGAGCAAUGUUCUGUUGUAAAUUACCCACAUUGUAAUUAUUUUUGUUUUCUUCAGUUUUCUGGUAACUCAAAACUGUUAAAACAUCAUCUGUUCCCUUUGGUUACUAAGUAAACAAAGUUAAUUUACCAAAAAUAAAAAGAAUGAAUUCAUUUUCUUCAAAUUAAAUAAUCUGCAAAGAUCACAGACACACAUGUUCAGUGGCUAACAAUAAUAAAAAAAAACAAUAUAUUACACAUUUGAAACUUUGUUGGAGAGAGUUUAUUUAGUAACAUUCAUUUCAGAGCGCUGUCCCUUAGCUGUUAUGAAUAAUACGCAAAAUGUUAAUGCAGCAGAUGGUCUGGCCUGUUGGGUGCUCAACAGUUUGUGCUCAAAAUGACUUCAAUAAAAUCAGUAUGGCUCAUUG